CGAUACUGCUUUGCCACUUCUUAGUGCUGUCCACUUCAGCACCAGGCAGGAUAACAGUCAGCUCGAACUUUGGAAUCCAGGACCACGAACAAAACCUUCACAAGAGGACGGCACCGCUAAGCGUCACACGGUGUCCGAAAUACAUAAACCAUCACCGCCAUCAGCCGUCCAACAACUCCGACAUUCACGAGAGAGAAGAACAAGAGCUUUGUGGUCAUGUACGAUGGGGCGAGGGUACCUUCCCCCCAAGACAGUGUCAACGGUGUGCCCCCUGCUGCCGUGAACCUGGCAGGAACAGAUGCGGGGUCAGGCGUGUCAGCGUCAGUGCCCACCCCGGCCGUGCAGCCCAAGUCAGAAGAAGAGGAGGGGCCUGAGGUGGAAGAGGAGGAGCCCAGACCAGAGCCUGUCCUGGUGAAGAAGGCCCAUAGGGAGAUCCUAGACCACGAAAGGAAGAGAAGGGUGGAGCUGAAGUGCAUGGAGCUGCAGGAGAUGAUGGAGGAACAAGGGUACUCUGAGGAGGAGAUCAGGCAGAAGGUCGGCACCUUCAGACAGAUGCUGAUGGAGAAAGAGGGGGUAAUCACCAGAGAGGGAACACACACACGCCCACCGAUCAAACACAUAGUCCAUGGAGAGCAUGGUGAGGAGCAGACCGACCCAGCCCUGGCUGAAGGUUACCAGGAGGACGCAGACUGGCAUGGAGACUACUACGAUAAAGACGGUUAUAGAAUGAAGAGGAAAUCUAGCAGCUCUCCAUCUCCUCGACCAAAGAAGAGGAAGAAAAAGAAAUCUGGUCGCAGAAGGAGUCGGUUCGACAGCUCCUCUCCCUCCCGCAGAGAGAAGAAGAAGAAAAGUGGAAAGAAACACAAGCGAGACAGGUCGACGUCUGGUUCCAGGAGAAAGAGGAGAUACAGAUCCGGUAGCCCAAAGAACAAACAGAAAGACAAGAACAAAACCAGAAAGAGGUCCCCAGUAGAGUCCCCCAGUAGGAGGUCUCAACGUAGAGGCAGCUGCUGUAGCUCCCGAAGUGCAUCACACUCCUCCACAGGCCACAGCCCCUCCAAGUCCCCCAGCAGGCCCAACUCCAAGCACAAGACAGACGGACACAAGGCCUGUGUGAGCCCGUCCCCGUCUCCCGGUCCUGGCGGUCCUGUCACGUGGCACAACGGGCACCACCACCAAGACCACGCCCGCAACGGCAAAGCUGGCAGACUCAACCACAACCACGUGGCCGAGGGCAACAAAGGGCAAGAUAAGCUGAGAAUGCUGACUGCUGCUACUCCGGGAGACCAGUCGACCAUGAUGCUGCCUCAGCUGAGAGGAGGAGAGCACAAGACCCACAAUGCCCUUUACACGACCCCAGGAGGAGGUUCUGCAAUCCAGGCUGGACAGGCUGGAGAGGCCCUACACGGAGAGGAAAGGCAGACGAUAGGGUCGUCGGGCAGACGGGGAGGUCACAGAGGUCACAGAGCUCAUGGGAAGAGCUCCCAUUCGCCAGCUCACAGCAGUGACUCCGCCCACUCUCAACGUAACCUGCAUCCUCACAGAGGAAAAAGCUCUCACCGGAAGAAGACUAAAGGGGGCCACUCGUCCAAGCGGCACCACCAUGGGGUUCGGGGACAGGCCCAUCACCAGAGCCAGUCUGGCUCCCCGGGGCGGCACCGCCACACAUCUGGGUCAGGCAGGAAGAAGAGUGAGUCUCGGGGGCGUGGUGGCAUGGGGGUCCGACAGCGUAGCAGCUCCUGGAGCUCCGGGCGCUCUUCAUCACGCUCCGGCUCCAGAGAGAGAGGCCCCAGCAAAGCCAAGUCCCCCCACCCCCAUGCCAGACAGAACAACUCCAGGGAGAGAGACAGCCCUCACCACUCUGAUGCUGACCGUGCUCGCCGUCGCUCCAGGAGCUAUUCUCCCAUCAGGAAGAGGAGACGAGACUCUCCCAGCUUCAUGGAGGCUCGUAGGAUCACCAGCGCUCGGAAGCGGCCUAUCCCAUACUACCGUCCAAGCCCCUCCUCCUCCAGCUCCAUGUCUAGCCCCUCCCACUCAGAGAGGAGUCGCAGCCAUGACAGCUACAGCAGCUAUAGCCGCAGUCACAGCCGCACCAGGAGCCACAGCCGCUCCCGCAGCCGCAACCACAGCUACUACAGCCGCAGCAGUUACGAGAGCCCCGGCUUCUGAGGAGAGAGAGACAGAGAAAGAAAGGGGGAGGGAGAAAGAGAGGGAGCGAGGGGGUAGAUAGAGAGGGAAACAGAGAGACAGAGACAGAGAGAGAAAGAUAAGAUAAAUCAUGUUAUGUAUUCUUAUGUCCCUGAAUGGUUCAAACACUGGGCCAGACCUCUGGUCCAUUUUUACCCUCAGUCUUCAUCUCUGUAUAGUUCAUGUUAACCCGCAAGUAUGGGUAGCUGCUGCCCAUUAUGGCGACCGGAGUAUGGGCAUUGGGUGUAUAGAAAGCGAAUAAUCGAAUUGGGCAGAUCUGUUGCCACUCAAGACCAUUUUGCGUGGCUGAUUGGGCUGCACGGUGAGUCAACCAGUGCUCCGGUGUUGUAUCAACAUGCCUGCUGGCUUGAAGUGUUUCCUACUGGGUAUCACGGUCGUGUCGCUGACGGUAUCUUACGUGGACAUUUUUUUCACACCGGUGCCGCCUUGACAAGAAAUAGCUAAUAUUGAUAACCAUCUAGAUGUCACCUUGAUGCAGUCUACUACUCAAUGGGAAGGGCGUGAGCGUCAAGAACAUCUAGUAGGCAAUAUCAGGGUGACAGUCACAGUAAGCACACGUGUAAAACGCAUGAAGCAACAGUACACCCAUCAUCAAUACCUUUAAUCUAAAAUAAACAAUCGUCAGUUUUCUAACUGAAAAUGUACAAUUAUUUGUGUAAAACUAACAGUGAAAUACGACUCAGACUCAAGCAGAAGUCCAAACUCUCGCGGUAUGGUAGGUCAGUGUACGGCAGUUGCGUGGUAAGAAACGGAACCAACAAAAAACGGCUCAGUCGAAACCUUCUAACCUAUAGCAGAGCGAUUUCGACACACCCACUCCUUUCCACACGCCCACUACUUUCCUUUCGACACACCCACUCCUUUCCACACGCCCACUACUUUCCUUUCGACACACCCACUCCUUUCCACACGCCCACUACUUUCCUUUCGACACACCCACUCCUUUCCACACGCCCACUACUUUCCUUGCCCACUACUUUCCUUUCGACACACCCACUCGCCCAUACUCCAGUCGCUUUAUUGCUACCCCUUUCUCUUAACCUGAGCCUGGAUCAAUGGAAGGAAGAGGGAGGUUUUUAAUAUUAUAGCACAUUCAUUUGAAAUAUAAAAAAAAAAUCCACAAGUGGGAGAAAAUAAAAAUUAUAUUUCAAAUGAAUGUGCUAUAAUAUUAAAAUGGAUGCAACACACUGGUAAUUAUUUAAAAUACAAUUUCUCGGAUCAUGGUUUUAGAAAAUAAAUGAUAAAGCCUAAAGAACAAGUCUGUAAGCACUUUCUCCAUAAUCUUCCACGGAGAAAAAGUAACCAGAAAAUAAGUUGAUAUUUUAUUUGAUGUAUUCUAGCAUUGGCACACUUCAUGAGUUUGUGGAAGAAGAGGAAAAUAAGAGACACAAAUGGAAAAGAAGUCAAAUUAAAUCAAACAGUACGGGGACAUUUUUUCUCCAAUGUCAUUACAUCAUUUCCCCAAAGACACUAAUGCUCUAUUUUAGGAACUUGAGAGAUCAAGAGAAGCGAUAAAGAACAAAACAAAAGUCGGCUGACAAUUUAGCACACAGAAGGGAACUGAUGUAUGUUUUUUUUAAAGGUUGUAGCAUAUAUGUCAGGAUAUAUAAAUGAUUCUAAACUGUAAGUUCUGGCUUGUAAACUAUGCACUGUAUAUUCCAUGUGAUUUUGAAGAGGCUUGUUAUUUGAUGGUGACUUAGUAUGAUGAUGCACCAGGAAGGAGGAAGGCUGCUGCUUGUACCAGAGAGCCCUGCUGGCUGCCACUUUAGGUCCCAGGGUGCAUCUGUCACGGACACUACAGCACUACAGGUCCCAGGGUGCAUCUGUCCCUGUCACUAAAGUACUACAGCUCCCAGGGUGCAUCUGUCCUCUCUCCGCCCAUUCUGAUAUUGUAUGUGACGUACCGGACCUGUAAUUACACACAGAGGCAAGAAGGGGUAUAAAAACCAAUGUAUUAUUAUGUACUUUUCCUCUCUUCCCUAUUCCACUAUUUAUUGUGUUCAAACUAUUAAAGCUGCAAUAUGUACAUUUUGGGGCGGCCUGACCAAAUACACAUAGAAAUGUUAGUUAUAGAUCUGUCAUUCUCAUUGAAAGCUUGUCUAAGAAGCAGUAGAUCUGUUCUAUGUGCGCUAUUUCUAUUAUUCAUGUCCUUAGGUUUAGUUUUUGCAUCUUUUACUUUCGGUUUUGUACACCAGCUUCAAACAGCUGAAAAUACAAUGGUUUGGGUUAUUGACAAUAUAUUUCACAGCGGUUUAGCUGGUACAAUGAUUCUCUACACUAUGCAUUGCGUGUUUUGUCAUGUAAACUGAAAUUAGGCUAACUAUUAGAAUUUCUGCAUACUGCACCUUUAAUGUAGAUACUACUGUACCUCUUCUGCAAUGACCAAUGAGGUGAAGUCGCUCUGUAAAGAUGCUCUUUCUUAAGAUACUUCAGAAACCUUCUGCAAAAGCAUCCAUGUAUUCUCGUGGUUCUAUAUUUUAUCCACAGCUAUUUAUUAAAUUAUUUAUUCCAAUUAUCUAUUAAGUUAUUUAUUGUUUAUUUAUUUGAUAAUUUAUUUGUUUUGUCUCAUCAAAUGUUUUUAAAGCCAUUUGAAGAAUCGUGUCAUUGAGAUACUAAUAUAUCAUGGGAGAAUUGCUGCAAAUGUAUGUAUUCUCAUCUUUGAAUAUACAGUAUGUCCAUUGAUGUUUUAACCCAAAUCCUUUUUAUUUGUGAUGAAAGCUUCUGCUUCCUUUAAGAAUAGGGGAGUGAGCCGAGUUGGCGUUAGCUUGUUUCUAUGGCGGUGUUCCCUUACCUGAUGUAUUUUAUAAUGCUCUCACACAGGUUUCAUUACAGUACUAGAACAGUCCACAGAGACCAUGUAUUAAAAGUUUGUGUUGAUGCAAUCUGUUAUUCUUCUGCCUGUCUGUUUCCUGGUGCAGGGGAUACAUAGUUCAAGUUACAUAGAGGGGCUGUUACUCUGCAGGGCUCCAAAUGUCCACUUCUACCAACUCCUUCUGUCCAAAACAUUGAUCAGGCCUGGAUUAUCUCCCUCCAGACAUAGACGUGUUGAUUGGGCUCGUUUGUUGUUGGUCUAACCAAUCACAUUGCCCCUGCUGUAACAGGCUGGCCCUAUCCCCUGCACCCCUGCACCCUGUAGUAACUGGCUCUGACCUGGCAUGAGGUCUCAGACAGAGGGUCUACUCAUUUUGCAAGCCGGUGGUCAGCUAAACUACAUACGCGGCAAAUGACCCUGCUUUCAAAAACGCUUGAACCCAGACACUGGUAGUCCCACAAGAAGCCCAUCAUGUUCCCUGUCUCUGUUUAUUCCUCUGUGCUGAUAGGACAGCUGCUGGUGAUGAUGCAAUCAGGGAACCCCUUCAGUCUUCCUUCCCAUUCGUCAAGCCUCCUGUCACUCAUGCAGUGUUACAUUAAAAAUGUAACCAGAGUUACUGUAACCUAGUAUGAUAUUAAACAAAACUUGUUCCGAUAUUAAGAGUACAGCGCUAAACCUUUGGAUUGUAUAAAAGUAAUUUAGUUGUAGUGUAAAAGUUAUUAUACAGGACAAUAAAUAUAAACCAAUGAAAAAUGA